GAGAUGUACGUCAACUGGAGCUGGACUUGGAGCAGCCUCUCUGGAGUGUGUGACGAGCAGCAAAACUUUUUGCACGCAUCUCUUGUCACGUCUUAGAGAAAAAAAAAAACUUUCGGUCAGAUGCAAAACAUUGCAACACAACCUGCCGGGUUAAACAGCUGGGAUGUAAGACGGCGGCUGAGCGGGUGUGUGUAUGUAUGUGUGUGUUUUUAGUUUCUUUUUUUCCUGAACUGAAUGCACGUAUAUCGCCUGGGCGGUAACGUGCCGAAUAGCGAUGCUGGCGAGAAAAAGCAUAAUUCCCGAGGAGUUCGCGCUGCCCGCGCUGGCCUCGCGCGCCCCCCGGAAGCCGGUGUUCAGGGAUCGCGUGAACAAGGCGCGCUUCAUUGCCAAGAGCGGCGCGUGCAACCUGGCGCACAAGAACAUCCGCGAGCAGGGCCGCUUCCUGCAGGACGUCUUCACCACGCUGGUGGACCUCAAGUGGCGCUUUACGAUUGUCAUCUUCACCAUGACCUUCCUGUGCAGCUGGCUGCUGUUCGCCAUGCUCUGGUGGCUCGUUGCCUUCGGGCACGGAGACCUGGAUCUCAACCGUCCGUCCGGCGUCGAGCAGUGUGUCACCAACGUCAAGUCCUUCACCUCAGCCUUCCUGUUCUCCAUCGAGGUGCAGGUCACUAUAGGCUUCGGUGGCCGCAUGAUUACCGAGCAGUGUCCGAUGGCCAUCACAGUGUUGAUCAUGCAGAACAUCGCUGGGCUCAUCAUCAAUGCUGUCAUGUUGGGCUGCAUCUUCAUGAAGACGGCACAGUCGCACAGACGUGCUGAGACGCUCAUCUUCAGCCGGCAGGCUUGCAUCGCCGUGCGCAACAGUCGUCUGUGCUUCAUGAUCCGUGUGGGUGACUUGCGCAAGAGCAUGAUCAUCAAUGCAGCUGUGCGCCUCCAGGUGGUGCGCAAGACCACCACGCCUGAGGGUGAGGUCAUCCCUAUACACCAGAUCGACAUCCAAAGUGAGAGCGCCGUGGCUAGCAACAGUAUUUUCCUUCUGGCUCCACUCAUUAUCUGCCAUGUCAUUGAUAAAGACAGUCCCCUCUAUGACUUGUCAGCCAUGGAGCUGCAAUGCAGUGACCUGGAGGUGAUAGUCAUCCUCGAGGGUGUUGUAGAGACCACGGGAAUCACCACACAGGCACGCACUUCUUAUGUGACUGAGGAGAUCCAGUGGGGCCACCGAUUCGUGCCAAUCGUGACUGAAGAGGAGGGGGUUUACUCAGUGGACUACUCUAAGUUUGGCAACACCUUGAAGGUUCCGACACCACGCUGCAGCGCUCGCGAGCUCGACGAGAAGCCGUCCAUCCUCAUACAGACGAUGCAGAAGAGCGAGCUUUCGCACCAGAACUCUCUACGCAAGAGAAACUCUAUGCGCCGCAACAACUCCAUGCGCAAGAGCAACUCUAUGCAGCGUAACAACCUGUCACUAGCUGUACCCAAAGUGCAGUUCUUCACACCUGAAGGGGGGCAGAAUGUAGCCGUCACAUGACACGCACAAGACCGUAGUUGGGAUAAUAAAAGGUUCAGUGAUGCUGUAUUCUUGUCUUGCUCCACUGGACCUCUUUCUACUGUUCUGUUAAAUUCUACCACUUCCUUUGUAAAGGAGCAGCAACUGCUCAUCUGCUUUCUUCCUUUCCUGAUUUAUACAAAUCAAUUUAAAAAAUACUUUUUAAAAAACAACAUAUUGUUAUGUAUUGAGAGUGAGAAUGA